AUGUCUGACACCGAAGCUCCAGUUGAAGUUCAAGAAGAUUUCGAAGUUGUUGAAGAAUUCACCCCAGUCGUCUUGGCUACUCCAAUUCCAGAAGAAGUCCAACAAGCUCAAACCGAGAUUAAGUUGUUCAACAAAUGGUCUUUUGAAGAAGUUGAAGUAAAGGAUGCUUCUUUGGUUGACUACGUUCAAGUUAGACAACCAAUCUUUGUUGCUCACACCGCUGGUCGUUACGCCAACAAGAGAUUCAGAAAGGCUCAAUGUCCAAUCGUCGAAAGAUUGACCAACUCCUUGAUGAUGAACGGUAGAAACAAUGGUAAGAAAUUAAAGGCUGUUAGAAUUAUCAAGCACACUUUGGAUAUCAUCAAUAUCUUGACUGACCAAAACCCAAUCCAAGUUGUUGUUGAUGCUAUUACCAACACCGGUCCAAGAGAAGACACCACCAGAGUUGGUGGUGGUGGUGCUGCCAGACGUCAAGCUGUCGAUGUCUCUCCAUUGAGAAGAGUUAACCAAGCUAUUGCUUUAUUGACCAUUGGUGCUAGAGAAGCCGCUUUCAGAAACAUCAAGACCAUUGCCGAAACUUUGGCCGAAGAAUUGAUCAAUGCUGCUAAGGGUUCUUCUACUUCUUACGCUAUCAAGAAGAAGGAUGAAUUGGAACGUGUUGCCAAGUCUAACCGUUAA